CCAUAGAUGUUCAUUUUAUGUGGUUCGUUACUUUUUUAAGCUGACGGGUAGGGCAUACUAAAAACAUGUUCACAAAAGUCAGCCUGUUGCUCGACAAAUAUCAACUUUGAAUGGAAAUGGAAAGGAUAGAUUCAUAGAAAAUUGUCUAUUCUUUCAUUCUUGAUACCAAUCGCCUUCAUUCGAAAUAGGAUUGAGAGUCCUUCUUAUCGCGCUCCCAAUUUUCUUUAUGAAUCAGAUGCAAAAAGCAAUGUUUAAAAAAACCGAUGCAAAGACAUUGUGCAUCCUCGUAUUUAUCCAAGUGUUAUUCAUUGUUUUAUCAGUAUUAUUUUGCAGAUAUAUUACGUGAAGAUAAUAACAUGGUAUACUUACACGUAAGUAUACUGUUAUGGUUUAUCUAUUAUUUGCUAAUAUUUGAAGUUCCUAUUGAUGGACUUAAAACACGUAAUGGUGUGAUAAAUGGAAGGAAAACUCAAUAUUCAAAUGAAUAUUUAGGAAUUCAGUAUGCUAAAGCUGGAAGAUGGAAGCUCCCUGUUGAUCGCUCAUCAAGAAAAUUUUCAAAUCGCGCAUUUAAUGCGAAAUCAUUCGGCCCAUGUUGUCCUCAGGUACCUGCCGGAAUACUAAUUCCGAUACAAGAUGAACAAUGUUUAUAUUUAAAUGUAUUUACACCAUUAAAAAAGUCAAAGCAUCUCGUCCCUGUUCUUGUUUUUAUUCACGGAGGGGGCUUAGCAUCAGGAUGUUCAUCACAAGGUAUACCUCUACUAUAUAACGGUACAAAUAUGAUCGCAAAUUCGCCUCAUCAAGAACCGGUGAUUAUUGUAACAAUCAAUUAUAGACUAGGUGUAUUAGGUGCUAUGUAUUCGGAUGAAUUAGUUAAAGAAAAUAAAUCAAAAUGGCCCACAGCCGGAAAUUAUUUUUAUUUAGAUAUGUUAUCAGCAUUACGCUGGAUUAAGAAAAAUAUUCGAGAUUAUGGUGGCAAUAAUAAAAAUGUUUUAUUGUUCGGUGAGAGUUCUGGUGGACUCGCUGUUGUUGAUCUAGGAGCAUUGAAAGGAUCAAAUGGACUUUAUCAUCAUGUUAUAUCUCAAUCAGGUGACGCGGGUAAUUAUCUGUUUUAUACAAAUGUUACUGAUGCUCUAGCCCUAUCAAAUCAAAUUAGUCAACAACUUAAUUGCUCAAAUCUUAAAUGUUUACGUCAUGUGCCAAUUCAAAAUUUGAUAAAUGCUUAUGGUCCUCGAGUAACAUCACCCAUUAUUGACGGGUAUUUCUUUCCAUUUUAUCCUCCAUUGGCAAUUAAACACGGAAAAUAUAAUGCAAAUAUCAGUAUGAUUUUGGGUAAUAAUGAAUAUGAAGACGCCGUCUGUUUUGAAUCACCCAAUAUGAAUUCAACCGAUGCUAUAUCAUACUUAUCAACAAACAUAGAACCAGAAUGGUUAACGAUAGUUGCUAAACAUUAUCAAUUAGAAAAAUGUUCAUCAAAUAAAAAUUCUCCAAAUCGAUGUUGUAAUAUUGUUCGUUUAUUAUUAAUGGAUAAAUUCUAUAACUGUCCUGUUCAACGUAUAUACAAUGGUUUGUAUAUAAAGAAUAAACAUAAUAGAAAAUUAUUUUGGUAUCAUUUAAAUUGUAAUCCUGGAAUAUGUCCAAAACUGUCUGUAGAAGAAGGUAGAGGUGUAUGUGUGCAUAUUGCCGAACUUCCAUAUGUCUUUGGAACUGUAAGUGCUUAUAAGUCAAAUACUCUAUUGAAUUGUUCCUGGGAUAAACCGACAACAAAAUUUUCAAAUGAAAUCAUUGCAAAUUGGAUACAUAUGGCGACAAAUGGAAGACCAUUAAAAAAAUGGUCAGUUUAUAAUCCAAUGAACCCAAAAUAUUUUCAGAUUACACCAUAUCGGCAUUUUUCAAGUGUACAAUGGAAAAGAAAUUGUUCACUAUUUGAUACUAUUGAACAAGAAGAAACAUCAUUAAUAUUUAAACAAUGA